AACAAUAAAAAAAACCCAUCACUUCACUUGUCCAUAAUCCCUCAAAGUCAGUAGUACAUCCACUGUCAGUAAAUCCUUCACUCGUCUCUCACCGUGAUCGCCAGCCACCUUUUUUCUUCAAUUGCGCCGCCGUGAUACAAUAUACUCUGAUGUGUACAUUUGGGGGUUUAUGAGAAGACUGGCUUCAUUGUUAUUAGUUUUUUAAAACGAUAGACAAUACGAGCAUGGAAAAACAUAUGCCGGACUGCCCAUAUCCCGGAUGCUUUUUUUGUGUAAUGAAAGAAGGGAACCCUAACAAGCGGAGAGCCAGCAUCAUGAAAUUUUUCCGAGAGCUCCCUGCACAAGAUGAUGAUGGUCAAGUUCUUCCUAUAAGUGGUCUUUGGAAUACAGCUAUGGCACAUCCUAAUGAUCCUGAGUUUAUUGAGUUGGGUAUAUUUGAAUGCAUGGCGUCGCUCAUUUGGAAAGGCUUAAAGAAUCGCCGUUGGUUGGCUCAUGAUCAGAAUAUUUACAUUCCUUACUAUGCUGCACAUAUAAUUGGAUCUUAUACCAUGAACAUGGAAGAUUUUGCUGAAACUGCCGUAAAUGCCGGGGUAAUCCCGCCUUUGGUUGAACUUUUACGGGGUAAGUUGACUUGGGUUGAACAAAGAGUUGCUGUACGAGCUUUAGGACACUUGGCUACAUAUGCUAGCACUUUUCCUGCUGUAGCAAGUCAUGGAGAGAUUCUUGAGCUUUGUAUCCAGUUAGCGAUGAGUUCUCUUGAAAUUGUCUAUUCUCACUUUUAUCAGUAUGCCGAUAGAAGGGUUAGUUACCACUGUGAUCUUCUUACACGUGGUAUGGGUGGUGUAGAGAUGGAAUCGAGGAAAGCCGAGGAAUGGGCUAGUCAAUUACAGUGUUGGUCUCUCCAACUUAUAAAUUGUUUUGCUUUUAAACCCGAGUUUCUUUCUACUAUAUGCAAACCAGAAUUUCUUGUAAAACUUCCUGGUAUGUGGGGUGGACUAGUAAAUGAAAAUUCACCUGCUGGUAUCGGCCUAUUAAGAACAAUUUGUCAUCAUAAGUUUGGAAGAGGACCCGUUAGUAGUUGCCCUGGUGUGAUUGAGGCAUUAUGUAAUAUCGCACGCUCAUCAGAUGAUUGGCAAUAUAUGGCAAUUGAUUGUCUUCUGUGGUUGCUCCAAGACCCGAAUACCUUCCAUAAGGUCAUAGACAAGGCAGCAUCUGCAGUUCUGGACCUGGCAGAGAUCUCAACUCUUGGAGAUCACAAAAAGCUUGGAGAUUCCAUUCUCAGUGUUCUUCAAGAAUGUAUUCAAUCACAUGGAACCGGUCGCAAUUCUGUCAGUAACCGAACAAAAGAAGAUGUUGAAGAAAUAUUGCAUUCGAGAGAGCGAUUCAAGUGGGAAAAGAGUAUGCCUAAAGAGGAUCUUCAUAUAAAGCAAGCUGCGGCUCUGGUAGUAAAACUAGAAGGAAAUUCUCUAUUUUCAUCAGGAAAUAUCUCUGGAGCUGCAUCAAAAUAUUCAGAAGCACUAGCAUUGUGUCCAGUAAGAUCUAAGAAAGAAAGAGUUGUGCUGUACAGCAAUCGAGCCCAAUGUUAUCUUUUAUUGCAACAACCAUUGGGUGCUAUAAGUGAUGCAACUCGUGCACUAUGUCUUCAUAAUCCAGUUAAUCGACAUGCUAAAAGUUUAUGGAGAAGAGCCCAAGCUUAUGAUAUGCUUGGUUUGGCUAAAGAGAGCUUAUUGGAUGCUAUUUUAUUUAUAAAUGAGUGCUCUCAAUCGACAGAUCCUGAUUUGUCUUCCAGGCAGAAUAAAGUGCCUGAUUAUGCAGAGCGGUUGGUCAAGAAGCAGAUGCGUGCUGCUUGGCUGUUUAGGGAGGCUGCUAUUAAACAUGGGGGUAUCGAUUCAGAUGCUGACGUUGGCGAUGUGUAUGGGCAAGGAACUGAUGAAUCUGAAUGGGAGACUGAUAGUGAAAAAGGAAUCGACGAUAGAAAAGAGAUGAGCAACAAUGAUGGUGAAUGGAAGAAUGAUGAGUAACAAACAUUCCACAAGAGAAGUCAUACGUUGAUACAACAUGCAACUUUUAGAAGAUGUAUCAUGGUCGUAAUUGUCAAACCCAAGCUGUAAAAAGAAAAAAGCAGGAUAUCAUCUUAUGCAACACUUGUGCAGCCAUUCAGUUCCUGUAAAGGCAGAUGACCCAUGGCGCCACUUAAACUGUUUUUUGUUUUCUUGUAUUGUGUUCUUGAUGUUGAAAUUUGAUUGUGAGACGAUGUAUAUUAUCAUAUCUUUGAGUUAUUUUUGUGUGUAUCUUCAUUUCUUUUGUGAGUGCAAAUGUGUAUAAACCCUUUGGGACCUUUGAGUAAUUAUAGUUUGAUUUUAUUUGUGCA